GGGCUUUUUGAGCUGCAGAGACCUAACGAGCAAAAGACGACUUCCGACGGAAUCGCGGAGAAACAGGGCUCCUUGGGCACCGUCGAGGUUAACCUUUAUUGGCUCUUCCCUUACGAUGUGAAGCCUGCUUCUGCUGCCCAAGACGUCUCAGCCUCCGCCGUAGUGGCCGCAGAGACCAGUACUGGCUCCAAACGUAGCAUACCCUCCUUAAAGAAAGCUGCCGUUAUUGAGGCCACCGCUGCUACAGCUGCUGAUACCCAGGCGACCGUUCAGUCAAGUGUAGAUGUGAGUGCGCUUCUGUUGCGUUUUGUUAUCUCAUCAUUUGAGCCACUGAUGUUCUUUGAAUAA